CGCCAACCAAAUUCUCCAGUUCGCGGGUUCUUCUUCAAGGAUCACGGGAGCGCGCCCGCUGCGUCAUACUCUGACGUUAUUCAAGAUGGCGGCGCUCGCGUCCUUGAUGCUGCAAUCCAGAGCCAGCAUUCUGUUCAGUCAAACACCCACAGUAGUACUGACGAGAUUUGCUUCAAAGAAGUCAGGAGGAAGCAGCAAAAACCUAGGAGGGAACAGUGCUGGCCGCAGAUACGGUUUUAAGAAACAAGAUGGGAACUUUGUACAUGCUGGCAAUAUCCUCGCAACACAACGCAAGGGUCUAAUGCGCUGGCAACCUGGAGCUCAUGUUGGCAUUGGAACCAACAAAACACUUUAUGCCCUAGAGGACGGUAUUGUCAGAUUCACCAAGGAGGUGUACAUACCUCUACCACGAAGUGCGGAGGCCAGGGAUGUGAUCCCAAAACUUCCCAAGGGUUCUGUUCUGUACAAGACCUUUAUCAAUGUCAUUCCUACAAAACAGGAGAAUAAAUUUACACUGGUGGACAUGGUAUGAAAAAGACUUUACUGAACUUCAGUUUGGUCUGGAUUUUUUUGGACUGGUAACCCACCCUGGAAUAUUUUGAUGGUCUCCACUCAGAUAUGUCUGAAAAUUAAGCAGGAAAAUAUUUAAUUUCUUUUUAUUUGUACAGUUACUGUAUGUUCUACUCUAUUAAACAUGUUUACUUAAAA